AUGCGCUCUUCUGCGCUUAAGCUGAAAGAACAGAAAACAAAUAUUCCACAAGUUCCAUCCAUGGCGACUUCUGAAGAUCACAGCUCGAAACAACAUUCAUUAUCAUCAUCUUCACCUGUUGUUGUGGUAAUGGUUCCUUUCCCAGCUCAAAGCCACCUAAACCAGCUUCUCCAGCUCUCCCAUGUCGUUACUUCAUUAUACGACAUCCCAGUCCACUACGUUAGCUCAGCUCUUCACAAUUCCCAGGUCAAAUCUCGAGCUUCAACCCUUCUUCACCACUCACCCAAAAUCCAUUUUCAUGAUUUCCCAACUCCAUACUUUCUCUCUCCUAAGCCAACCAAGACUCCUGACAACUUCCCUUCACAUCUAAUCCCAGCCUUCGAAGCCUCUGUUCACCUUCGCCAGCCCUUUUCGGCUCUCCUCACUAAACUUUCAACUACAGCCAGAAGAGUUGUCGUUAUACACGACAACUUGAUGAGCUAUGUCGUUCAGGACACUGCUUCUCUAGCACCCAACUCGGAAGAAUAUGUUUUCCAUUGUAUCUCCUCCAUUUCAAGAUUCUCCUCUAUCCGAGACGCCAUGGGAAUAGGCUUUGAAGCUGAUCAAGAUAAUCAGCCCAAGGUUCCAUCAUUAAAAGGGUGUUUGGAUCCAAGAUUUAUAGCUUUCAAAGAUAAACAAAUGCCAUUUAUGAGGAGAAACAAAUCUGGGCAUCUUUACAACGCUUGCAGGUUUAUGGAAAGAGACUUUCUGGAAUUCAUUCUCGAGAAAGAGCGCGAAAAAGAUGAGAGUGUGAAGAUAUGGGCAAUUGGGCCUUUAGAGAGUGUAACAACAUUCAAGAAGAUCCCACUUAACUCCAUCAAUAACGUUUCAGAGAAAGUUUAUUGCUUAGAGUGGCUGGAGAAACAGAAGCCUAAAUCUGUUCUGUACAUCUCUUUUGGGACUACAACUUUUUUGGAGGACAAGCAGAUUGAAGAAAUAGCAAUUGGUUUGGAAAAAAGUAAAGUAAACUUCAUCUGGGUUUUGAGAGAUGCAGACCGAGGAGAUGUUUUUGAUGACCAGAAAGUUGGAGGACGUCAACUUCCAAAAGGGUUCGAGGAAAGCAUCAAAGGAAAGGGAUUGGUGGUGAGGGAAUGGGUGCCCCAAUUGGAGAUUUUGGGGCACCCAUCAACAGGUGGGUUCAUGAGUCAUUGUGGGUGGAACUCUUGCUUGGAGAGUAUGAGCCUGGGAGUGCCCUUACUAGCUUGGCCCAUGCACUCAGAUCAGCCUAUGAAUGCUGCUUUAGUCACGGAGUUUAUCAAAGUUGGUCUGAAGGUUCGGGAAUGGGAAAAGAGAGAUGAGUUAGUGAGCUCAUCUGUGAUUGAGAAUGUUGUGAAGAGAUUAAUGGCUUCAAAUGAAGGAGAUGAGAUUAGGAAAAAAGCUGAGGAAUUGGGUGGUGAGUUGAGGAAGGCUACUGCUGAAGGAGGAAUUUCUCGGAUUGAGUUGGAUUCAUUCAUUUCUCAUAUUACUAGAUAGUCUCAUAAGACUCUAACAGAAUAUAUAUAUAUAUAUAUACUAGCAAAAUGUUACGUGCGAGGCACGUAUACUAAAUUUUAUGCUAGUUUUUUUUAUGUUAUUUAAAAGUGAUACAAUUAAUAAUUGAAGAAAAAUAUUAUUAGUUA